AUGUCGAAGCUGAGAUUGAAACCUGCAGCGUUUUUUCCCUCCUUCAUCUCUACAUCAGCACGUCUCUUUUCACCCAGGCUUCAGGGGAACGUUGGCGUAUCCUACACCCCGUGUGAGGAGGAGAGUUGUAUUGUGGAGGUGGAGACCGUGUUGGAGUUUAUAUCCACCCAGCUCAGCUCUGUCCAGUCUGACGGGAAUGUGAACCCUGGACACGGUCAUGCGCUGUCCCUGGGUCACUUGUGCAGGUUUUAUUUUAGAACAACCUCAGUUUUAAACAUGACAGACUCGGUGCUGAGCGCGCACGCAAACGCGUCGGCGGUAUUCCUGACCCCUGCGACGGCGCCCCCGACGCCUACGACGACGACGCGCGUUUUGCGCUUGGACUCUCGUUCGCUGGUCAUCUCGGCCACCAUGUUUGCAGUAGGAGUGCUCGGUAACCUGGUGGCCGUGGCGGUGUUGUGCGUCUCCAAGAGGGAGCAAAAGGAGACGACGUUUUACACGCUGGUGUGCGGAAUGGCGGUGACGGACCUCCUGGGGACAUGCUUCACGAGCCCUGUGGUGAUCGCCACGUACGUGGCGGGUCGGUGGCCCGGCGGCGCGCCGCUCUGCCACUUCUUCUCCUUCUCCAUGCUGUUUUUCGGCUCGGCAGGGAUGUCCAUCUUGUGCGCAAUGGCCGUGGAGCGCUACCUCGCGAUCAGUCACGCGUUUUUCUACUCACAGCACGUGGACCGUGCGGUGGGGCGACUCGCAUUGCUCGCGGUCUACGUGGUGAACGGGGUGCUGUGUGCGAUGCCCAGUUUCGGCUUCGGCCGGCACGCCAAGCACUUCCCGGGAACGUGGUGCUUCCUGGACUGGCGCGCGUUGGACACGCGGGGAGCCGCGUACUCGUUCCUGUACGGAGGCUUCGUGCUGCUGCUGAUCGCCGUCACGGUGCUGUGUAACUGCGCUGUGUGCCGCUCGCUGGUCAGUAUGAGCAAGAAGACGCGCGUCGUCGCCGCAACGGCCAGAGCCGAGGCGCACACCGGACACCCGGGAUCCAGACGCGCCUUCCGCAAACUGCCCGCGGUCGCCUCGGCAGCGGAGAUCCAGAUGUUCUGGCUUCUGAUUUUCAUGACCAUCGUCUUCCUGAUCUGCUCCAUCCCUCUGGUGGUUCGUAUCUUUGUCAAUCAGCUCUACGGCCCUGCGUACAUCGCUGCGGGUGUACAGCCUGACUAUAGUAGUGAUCUUCUUGCCAUCCGGUUUGCGUCCUUCAACCCAAUCCUGGACCCGUGGGUGUACAUCCUGUGCAGGAAGAACUUGUUUAGCAAAUGUUGCGAAUGGAUCAAGCGCACCAUGGACCUGAGCCGAGAGAGUCCUGCCCGUAAAUCAGGCUGGGUCCUGGGGCAGGUCUCGCCUCCGUCCCUCGUUCACAGCAACGCCACCAGUUAUGCUUCGCUGCGUGCAACCUCGUGCAGAAACACUGUGGGAAAACUGGGCACCAUCGAUGCGAAAUCCUACGUGGACUUGAGCGUGCGACAAGCGUGGGACCUGGACACGGCGCUGGACGACUUUCAUCCGUUCAGCGUGCAGCAGAGCCCGGUUCUGGGCUCAGAAAGUGAAACGGCAUCCGGGUGUGAAAUGAUGAUUGGAAAGACACCCGGAUGCGUCCAGGUGACUCCGGCGUCCUGCUCAAAAGUGCAUGAACAUAAAGCCGUGAUUGUCACGUGUACCUUCAGCACACCGAGUUCCUGUCUGUCAGAGAAGUGCUGAGGAACAUCACACACGGUGAUCUAAAAAGUGCAUUUUAUUACAGUAAUUAUUACUUAUUACUGUAAUUUACUGGAACUGGUGAUUAUCUUUCAGUGCACAAAACUAAAUUUACACUGGAGAAAUGUUUUUUUUGUUGUUAAUUGUUCUUUAUAAUUAUGAAAUUUUAAGUUCUAUCAGUUCUGGACACUCUAAUGUCAUGUUCAUUGCUAGUGAUUGCAUUGAUAUUAACAUCCCAAGUUGGAAGAUGGUGCUAACCAGUACACUAGGAUGUAUAAAGUAUAUGGAAACUCGCAAGACGCUGACCGUACCCCAUGACAAGGAAACAACCUUGUGUCUGUUCAGGUGUGCUGACAUUUUGUUGGAACAAACAAAUCAUGUGACCAAACCACAAUACUUUUCUGCAUAAAGUUGUGACCUUGAUACCAACACACACACACACACACACACAAGCAACAUUUAACAUUUCUUAAACAAUCUUUAGUCUUUCGUUCCCAUUAACAAGUGUCUUAAAUACCUCUUUUAAAAAAGUACCUGAGUGAUUUAUAACAUAUAAAUUAUAUAAAAGUCAGGAGUUGAAAGAUAAGCCACGCCCACUUCUGAGAACUGACGCACUCUACUUUAACAUCACCUGGAGACACAUUAAUGACUGAACAAGAAAAUUUCCUCAGAGGGACUGGGGUUAGAAGAUCAGUCCUCAACUUCAGCAUCAAGUUAAUUAGCACGAAGUAAAAUAAAUUAAUAAAUAAAUGAACUAAUUGAAAUGAAAUGCAAAUUGAAUAGCAUACAUAAUCGAUUGCUCUGGCAAUUCACAAUUUUAUAUUCUCACACACACACACAUCACUUCUCUCUUAUGGGUCUUAUGGCAUUAAAAUUCCGAUGGUUAUAAGUUUUUUUUUAAUGGCAUGAUUCUAAACGUACACAGAACCUGAGCUGUGUGAAUGCAGGGUAACUACUUCCUGUUUACAACCCCUUCCCUCACCCUCCAUGUAUAUAAGAAUCUCCUAAUGUUCUUUAAAAAAACUAUUUCACUGUCUAAUUUUUAACAAAAAAUGAAAUCAUCUUGUUUGAAAUGUCCUGAAAAAUGGAACCCUCUGAGUUUUCCAGCCUUAAUGUUCUUAUCUUACCCUCACUGUCACGCGAUCACGUUCUUACUGUGCACACAACUCUUAUACAUGUGAAUUCUGUGAAUUAACAUAAUUUUGAUAUAUAAAACGAUCCAUUUUUAGAGAUCGAACAAAUAUCCGUGCCGGUAGACAUUUCAGCGUCUGCUGUUUUUUCAUAAUGUGAAUGUAUAAAGGUUUAUUUAUGGACGUGUUGCUAUGUUGCAGUAUCGUGUUGGAUUUGCAUGACUUUAAUGACUUGUAAAACUGUGAACGCUGUAUUCUUGGAAAUA